AUGAUCGUGGCACACGCAAUUUCCGCCAGCUUCGCAGUAUUAUCCGUUUUUCUUUUGGCGCUCAUUCAAUUUAAUGACCUGAGCGUGCUUGUAUACUACGGUAAAGUAGCGCAGGGCCGCUUGCAUCAGAACUUGUCGCCCUUGGCGACUUUGUUCAAUGGCUUGGCGAAACUCACUGUACCCAAAGCAUGGUUUGCACACUUUUAUAUUUUAUACCUGGCCCUCAUGUGGAGCCAAGUUGUGCUAUAUCCCAAAAGCAUCCUAGAAAACGGCAAGUAUACACUAGUUUGGCUAUUUCUCACGUGCCAGGCCAGCAGACGAUUGUACGAGAGUUUCAACGUAAGUCGUUGGAGCCCUGCAUCGAGAAUGAACGUUUCACACUACCUAAUGGGAAUGCUUUUUUAUGUGGGCGUGUCUGCCGCGUGUCUUUUGGGACUUUUGAGCCAAGACCCGCUGGAAGAACAAAAAUUCAGCCUUCUCCACAAGGCCUGGGUGGGAGGGUUGGGACUAUUGUUCCUGCUUUCCCAAAUAGACCAGUACCGCAACCACAAGUACUUGGCUAGUCUUGUAAAGUACUCUGCUCCAAAGAACGGGGUUUUUUGUGUCGUGUCCAGUGCACAUUAUCUCGACGAAAUAGUGGCUUACUUUUGUGUUGUGCUACUGGUAUUUACCAGAGGCCAGAUUGUUGCUGAAGACUGGUCUUUGCUAAGCAUAUGGCUCUUCAUCGUGAUUAAUCUUUCCAUAAGUGCAUGUGAAACCCACAAGUAUUAUAAACAGAAGUUUGAUGACUAUUCCGUGAGAUUUGCUUUGAUUCCCGGGCUAAUCUAA